GAGCCCACGGGGUGUCACUCCUCCGGGAUGACCUCAACCUCGGUCCGAGCCUGGCGCGUCACUCGCUCCGGGCAUUCACGGAGCCUGGCCGCUCGCUGGGGCUGGACGAUGGGCAACGACCGGGACCCCUGAGCGACAUCAGCCCGCCGGGAGCUGCCCGUGGAGUGCAGACGAACAGACCAACUUCCUCCAGCUGCUGCCAAACUAAUCAAGGUUUCUUUUCCCGCCCUUCUCGCGCGCUCUCUCGCAGCGCCUGAGGUAGAAAGGAUGUCCCCGACUGGCUGGGAGGCCCUGGUGGCCCUGGCGACGGUGGCGUGCCUGGCGGAGGGCGUGCGCGGCGGCUACGGCCUGAGCAUGUUCGCCGUGCAGACGGCGCCGCAGCCGGACCCUUGCUACGACGAGAACGGGCAGCCGCGGCGCUGUAUCCCGGACUUCGUCAACGCCGCCUUUGGCAAGGAGGUGAAGGUGUCCAGCACGUGCGGCCGCCCUCAGGCGCGCUACUGCGUGCUGGCCGAGAAGGGCGAGGAGCGGAGCCGCACGUGCCACCUGUGUGACGCCGCCGACCCGAAGCGCGCCCACCCGGCCUCCUACCUGACGGACCUCAACAACCCGCACAACCUGACGUGCUGGCAGUCGGAGAGCUUCGUGCAGCACCCGCUCAACGUGACGCUGACCCUGGCGCUGGGCAAGAAGUUCGAGGUGACCUACGUCAGCCUGCAGUUCUGCUCGCCGCGCCCGGAGUCGAUGGCCAUCUUCAAGUCCAUGGACGGCGGCAAGACGUGGGUGCCCUUCCAGUUCUACUCCACGCAGUGCCGCAAGAUGUAUAACAAGCCCAGCCGCGCCGCCAUCACCAAGCAGAACGAGCAGGAGGCCAUCUGCACCGACUCGCACACCGACAUGCGGCCACUGUCCGGCGGCCUGAUAGCCUUCAGCACUCUCGACGGGCGGCCCUCGGCACACGACUUCGACAACUCGCCCGUCCUGCAGGACUGGGUCACGGCCACCGACAUCAAGGUGGUCUUCAGCCGCCUCCACACCUUCGGCGACGAGAACGAGGACGACUCGGAGCUGGCGCGCGACUCCUACUACUACGCCGUCUCCGACCUGCAGGUGGGCGGCCGCUGCAAGUGCAACGGGCACGCCUCGCGCUGCGUCCGCGACCGCGACGACAACCUGGUCUGCGACUGCAAGCACAACACCGCCGGCCCCGAGUGCGACCGCUGCAAGCCUUUCCACUACGACCGGCCCUGGCAGAGGGCCACCGCCCGCGAGGCCAACGAGUGCGUCGCUUGUAACUGCAACCUGCAUGCCAGAAGGUGCCGUUUUAAUAUGGAACUCUACAAAUUAUCAGGUCGCAAGAGUGGAGGUGUCUGCCUUAAUUGCCGGCACAACACAGCAGGUCGCCACUGUCACUACUGUAAGGAAGGGUACUAUCGGGACAUGACCAAACCAAUCACCCAUAGGAAAGCAUGCAAAGCAUGUGAUUGCCAUCCCGUGGGUGCAGCUGGAAAAACCUGUAAUCAAACCACAGGGCAAUGUCCCUGCAAAGAUGGCGUGACAGGCAUCACUUGCAACCGAUGUGCCAAAGGUUACCAGCAAAGCAGAUCUCCCAUUGCCCCCUGCAUAAAGAUACCCGUUGUUCCUCCCACCACCAUGUCCAGCAGCACAGAAGAACCUGCAGACUGUGAUUCAUACUGCAAGGCAUCCAAAGGGAAGCUGAAGAUCAACAUGAAGAAGUAUUGCAAGAAAGACUAUGCCGUCCAGAUCCAUAUCCUGAAAGCAGAUAAAGCUGGAGAAUGGUGGAAGUUCACUGUCAACAUCAUCUCUGUGUACAAGCAAGGAACAAACCGGAUACGGCGUGGGGACCAGAUCCUCUGGAUACGCUCCAAGGACAUUGCCUGCAAGUGCCCAAAAAUCAAACUCAUGAAGAAAUACUUGUUGCUGGGCCAUGAUGAGGAUUCUCCUGAUCAAAAUGGCAUCGUAGCAGACAAAAGCAGCCUUGUGAUACAGUGGAGGGACACAUGGGCUAGGCGACUGAGGAAGUUCCAACAACGCGAAAAGAAGGGGAAGUGCAAGAAAGCCUAAGGGGAGGCCUGGAGAUGGGAAGGGAGACUGCACUUCCUGCUGUGUGUUGUGACUUGGAGCAGAUGCGGAUGAGAUUAGGGUCACUGGCAAGGAACUCUUUGCAGAUUAUGUGACUGCAGGGGUGGGGGCGGGGGUGAAGGAGGGGCUAAUAACUUCUGUGAGACAUGCCAAUUUUGCACCUCAUAAUACAGGGAAACCACAAAAAUGUGAGAAAACAAGUUUAGAGAAGGCCAGCCACGUGAGACUACUCACCAUAGUAAGAAAUGUUAGGUCAGUUGCUAGUUCCCAUCAUCCCCUUUGAUUUGCCUUUUCUCUCUCUUUUUCUCUGUCUGAUCAGAAGAAUGACCAACUGCCUUAUGCUUGCUAACAUCAACCAGUCCCAAAGUCUAGGCACAGGAAAAACCUAACCUGUCAUCGAAACAAAUGUAUAAAGAGACAUUGAUGAUGGACAGAAAUUGACCUCUGAAUACCCCCCCCCAGAUUAAAUCAUGUCCUUACUGGUAGGAAGGAUGGAGGGUAUGGAUAGUGGCCUGAAACAAGAUUACUGGGGCUACAACUACAUGAACAGCAAACAGUCAGACUGACCAGCUCUACCAUUAUCUACUAUGCAGCAUGUAAUGGACUGAGUCAGGUUUUCAAAAGAAGCUCAUGAAAGAUUGCUUAGAUAUAAGCUAUGAUGUUGUACAUACCCUACAUGCAGAAUAGUCAGUAGAGGUGCAUGCUCUUCUGAAAAUGCAGCCUCAGACUAAGUUUUUAUUGCCCAACUUUAAAAAGGCACUCCGUUAAGGAAAGAAAGCUGAGAGCUGUUAAGUAUCUCCACAGAGCAACUGAAACAAUAGAUAUUUACUUACUAGAAGUGUCUGGAAACAUCACUGCCACCAUCAAUCUAGUGGGUGACCUAAAGAAUGAGUCAGAUAUAAAUGACUAGCCUUGGCUCUUUAGGAAAUGUCCUUGCACUGCUGCUUUUGUGAAUAUAGCCCCACACUGAGACCAAUGGACUUCUUUUUCUUUUCGCAUUCGUGAGGACAUGAAAUAAACACUGCCUAUAGGCAUCCAACUAAGUAGUAAUAACUAUUCUUCAGACACCCCAUUAGAUCUCCAUUUCAAUCUGCAGAAAGCAAAGGUUACCUUUUUUCUUCUUAGAUGGCACCACACACUCCACUAGUUUUGUGUCUCUCCAUAGCAAUAGUUAUUAAUAUCUCAAUACAAGAUCCAUUCAGUGCUUCCCCCUUUACCAGGAGGGUUUCUGAGCUGGAGAUAGUCCUGCAUGCUGUAGUGUUUGUAGUGACUGAAUUGACCAAGAUUUGUACCUUGCCUGCUCCAGAUAAUACAAGGGGGGGAAAUAUACCACAGAAAAAAAGCUUUACCGCUGCUUACAUGGAGCAAUUAGAUUCACAUCAGACAAGGUAAGUCCUGUUUUUAAGAACCCAAUGUAGCUUUGAUUUCAUACUAGUAAGUUUUGAGGCCAGUAAUGUACUUGAAAUGAAGACAUACCCCUCAAACACCCCUACAGCAGUUCUCUGCGCUUUUUAAAAAAGCUAGGUGGUGGUUUCAUUUCCAUUUGAAGGAGCUUUUUGUUUCAGCUCAUGCAACUCUUCCAUUGCCCCUAACUAGCAAACGAGAACUGUCUGGGCAGCCAGUUCACAUGUGAGCUCAGGGAUGCCUGCCCUGCAAAACACAAACUUCCCCAAGAUGUUUCCUACUAGGAAAUUUGGAAACAUCCUUUUAAUGACAUUUUCCAGUGGUUUGGCCUUGUUUUAUAGCAACUGACAAUAUUUAUAUAAUUACAUAAACUACCAUAACACAAACUAGUGCACAAAUAGGUGUAAAGGGGUGAGAUGCCAGGGAAGUGGAGAAAAGGGGGAACAGGAGUCAGGAUCCCUGGCUGAAGGAGUGUGGGGGUAGUGAAGUGCUCUGACUCAACUGCUCUGUACACUUUUGAGAGUUUCUGGACUCUCACUUCUUUAAAUGAGUUUAGUUGCUGAAAAAGAAACAUACCAUUUAUCAGUGUUGUUCAAAAGCAAUUCUCAUGUUAGACCCAGAGAACGUGGUUUCCCUACCAGUAAACUGGCAAAAAGCCAAGCCAACAAGGCAACUAAAACAAAAUUCAGGGCUGAAUGAAAAAUGUUUUUCUUGUUUCAGCCACACAUUGCCCUGAUCUACUCAUCCAGUGAAAUUAAGUGGCAGAAUAGACAAUAGGAUUUUAUAUUUUUGAGUGAUCCCCUCCUUAAAAUGCUCCCUGAAAGCAGAAAACUAUUAGGAGGAAGGGCUAGAACCCUCUUCCUGACAUGCUAGUUUGUUUUUGUUUUUUCUUGUAGGGAAUUUUGCAUGUUGAGCGGUAUUCAGAACUGGCAUUUCUCCACCUGCAGUGUGAAGCAGUAUAGUCCAUUUUAUCACCACCGUAAUCUACCACCUAAUUCUGCUGCAUGACUAAAAUCUGUAACUUGAAAAGGCACUUCUUCAGGAUAUAUUUUGUACAUUGAUUUGUCUGAUGAGGAAUUGUUCCCUGAGUUCAUGUGGAACAUUACUGAUCCUUGUUAGGUCUAAUCAAAAGAGCUCAUUGGAACAUACCCAAAAUUAUUCCACUUGCUCUGUGUAAUGCAAUGGAAGAGGCUCCUCUUAUUAAAAGAACCCCAGGAUUCCUAGGACCAGUUUGAAAACCACUGCUCAAAGCUCUUUUUUCAAACACCAACCCUUAUGCUAGGAACAGGUUAAAGAAUAGGUGAAUGAAAGAACAGCCUGUGGAAUCAGAGCUUUGAUGUGGAUUCUGAAUGCAGUCCCACCAGUGAGAAACAUCAAUGGUGAGGUAGCUACUCCUGUAUGAAACAUUCUUUCUUCGGGCUAAAGCUUGAGUGGAAACCCUCUGUUUAGUUUCACUUUUGCUAUUGUUAACAACAUCUGUUUUCUGGCAUGCUUUCAAGUGUCCCUCUCAAAAAUUCAUCUAUUUUUCAUUCAGAGCCUAGACACGAAAGAGAACUCAGAGCUGUGCAAAAGGCCUCAUUUUAAAAAAAAAUCCAUGGAAUUGUGAGCUAGCCCACAGGACUGAAGGCAGCACUGGGCAGGGCUAUUAUGAGUCACAUAGCCCAGGGAAGAGGGCUUAUAUAGAUACUCUGCCUAAUCUUUAAUUUGCACAGGCUUAGAAUUUUCUCUGAGCUGUGCUCUGUGGGCUAGCUCAGGGACUUUCUUUAUGUCUUAAGUCACUGCGGGGUGUGUGUGUGUGCUUUUGUCUGAGCUCUAAUUAGGACCGAAGACUCUACUUCUGAUUUUCAUGUAAUGUGCUGGGCAGCCUGAUUUGAUUGCGCAAGUUCCAGCACAAAAAUAAAAACCCAUGAAAAUUCAGCUCAGCCCUGCCAGCGUACCCUUCCUUGACACAUACCUCUCUAUCCUGGCUUUCAAUUGUGGAAUUAUCUGGCUACAAAAGCCUGUUCUCUCAAUACACAUCCUGGUGCAAUGCUAUUCUCCCGUGACAGUGACUUUGCUUUCCAGUCCAGCACCCUGACUACACAGCAGCACAUCUGGCUGCAGUCCUCUGUGAGCAUUCAGGAGGCUGUUUUAGGUUUGGUUUUGGAAGUUAGUAUUCAUAACCACUAAAUAAUUCCUAAAAAUAAUGUUUACAAACAGAUACCCUCAUUGUGUGUCCAAUCCCCUUUAGAACAGCUGGAAAAUGGCCUGGCGUUCCAUAAUGGACAUUGAUAUCCUGGAAGCUCUAAAGGGGGAUGGGGAUACCAGAUAGCAAAUGAGGUGGGGAAAUUACAGAGAAAAGCAAGAAGGCUGACUGUAGAGAUAGUACAAAAUGUAAACUAGACUAGAACUCAGAAAUUAUAUAUUAACCAGAAAUACAAUAUUUUAGAUUUUAAAACAAUUUUCAUCCCUCCACAAAUUAGUAAGAAAAUCCUUUUCUAUGUAUAGUGUCAUCUAUACUGAGAGGCAUAAGUGCUUGUUUUGCACACCCCACAUGUAAAGAAUACACGUUCAUAGGUAGUCUAGGUAUAUUGCAGUGGGCAUAUAUAAGAGAAAGAAUUUCAGCUCCAGUCGGCAAACCACAAAAUAAAGAACUGCAUGUUUUGGGGAUUGCCUUAUUUCCUAGAACCCCUCCCCCUUCUUUUCUAAGACAGAAAUAUGUCAACACAGCCUCUACAUACUUUGGGCUGUUUUUUGGUACAACCUCAAGUUGUGCUACUCUAUCAAGUGUACAUAGGAGCUAGCAUGUGUCCAGGAUCAUGUCAUAUAUUUAGGGUUGUAAUUUUUAUUUGGUGGCCAACGCUAGCUAGGCAAUCUUGCGUAAGGGUUGAGAUCAAUAAUGCUUUUGUUUUGGUUUCACAACCAAAGUCUAAGGAACUAGAACUGGGCAACAGCAGUCUAACAAAGAUGGUGGUUUAGGAAGCAGAAUGGCAAGCUGUAAUUUUCCACACUUUCACUUAGAAAGUAAGGACAAUGCAGUCUUAAAAUCUAAAGAAAUCAUUCUAUUUUUGCCGUUGAGGAAUUAAGCAAUGCUACCACCAAGCAUAAUAUAUAAAUGAAUCUCUUACAAUAUAAAUUGGUGUCUUGCACCUGCUCUAAGAGUAUCACACAGUAGUGGAUUGCCAAGACUACAUGGGUAAUGCAAAAUGCUAAAGUCAUCUUGAGAAACAUUCCAAGCUCUAUGAUGACAGGGUAAAAGGGCAACACAAAACAUUCUGAUAUGCAGCUGAAAUGCCAAAACAAUCACCAUUCAUGAGUAGCACGGAACAAAACAUUCUCCCCAUUUUUUUCUGUUUCAGUUGGUUCAUUAUAUGUUCAUUGCCUUGAUUGCCUUCACCUUUUUCCCAUUACACAGAAAGAACCCAAUUGUGUUCUGAUUAUUCCUGUUAAUAUCAUGAAUUGUAAAUGUUGUUUAGUUAUAACUAUUACAUAUAGUUUGGGGGCAAUAUUUCUUUACAAUGCAUACUAAUAUAUUAUGGUUAUAUAUAUGAAUAUAUUUAAUGACAAGAGGGAAAAAAGUUGUGCAUUUUCUUACUCCCCCCCCACCCAUUUUCUUUUAUUUGUUAGAUGGACUGAUAAUUGAACCAGGAGCAACAUGUAACUGUGCAGAAUCCACUUGAUAGGACUAAAUCCAGACAUUUGUCAAAUAAACUCUUGUAAACUUCUACUCCUCUUAUGCCAGCCUCUUCUGUUGCAUAAG